AUGGAAAGAGGAAACUGCUCAUCCUUAACUGAAUUCACAUUCUUGGGAAUUACCAAUAACCUUGGGAUUAAAAUGACCUUAUUUAUCACAUUUUUUGUUGUUUAUCUCAGUAACCUCCUGGCAAAUCUGGGAAUGAUUAUUUUAAUUAGAAUGGAUUCCCAGCUGCACACACCCAUGUACUUUUUCCUCAGCCACUUCUCCUUCUGUGAUGUCUGCUAUUCUACAGCAAUAGGGCCCAAGAUGUUGAUAGACCUUGUAGCUAAAAACAAAUCAACCCCCUUCUAUGGCUGUGCUCUGCAAUUGUUGGUCUUCUGCCUCUUUGCAGAUUCUGAGUGUCUACUGCUGGCAGUGAUGGCCUAUGAUCGGUACAAGGCCAUCAGCAGCCCUUUGCUCUAUUCAGUCAGCAUGUCCAGCAGAGUGUGCUCCCUGCUCAUGGCUGGGGUUUAUCUGAUGGGAAUGACAGAUGCUGUGAUACACACAACAUUAGCAUUCCGCUUAUGUUUCUGUGGGUCAAAUGAGAUUAACCAUUUCUUCUGUGACUUACCUCCACUCUUUCUUCUUUCCUGUUCUGAUACAAGGGUCAAUGAGUUGGCAUUAUUCACUGUUUUUGGCUUUAUUGAAUUGACCUCCAUUUCAGGAGUCCUUGUCUCCUAUUGUUAUAUUAUCCUUUCAGUCUUGAAGAUCCACUCUGCUGAGGGAAAGUUCAAAGCUUUCUCCACCUGCACCUCCCACCUAACUGCUGUGGCCAUUUUCCAGGGAACUAUGUUCUUCAUGUAUUUCAGGCCGAGUUCAUUCUACUCUCUAGAUCAAGACAAAAUGACCUCAUUGUUUUAUACCCUUGUGAUUCCCAUGUUAAAUCCACUGAUUUAUAGCCUACGGAACAAGGAUGUGAAAGAGGCUCUAGAAAAACUGAAAAAUAAAAGAUGGUUUUAA